GACUACGUGUCUGAACGAUUGGUUGGCAUAAUGGUUGUGCUGUUUUGUAUACUGUUCGUCAUCAGCUUAUGUCAUUGCAAUGAUCUUCCGUCAAAAACUGAAAUCGAGAGCUCGAUCAAUCGUACGAUUGACGAAGUCGAAAGAUUGAUUCGCCAAAAUUCUACUUUACCAAACCUCACCAGACAUGAGAUUAUUGACAUCCUUUUUAACAUCACAUCCAAAAAUCUUGAGACAUACGAGAACAAAAGUAUAAUGGAGGAAGCGAGAAAUAUCUAUCAAAAUGCUUUAAUGGUAGUCUUGCCUUAUAACGCAGAAGACUCCAGAGAAAACAUCAAGGAUUUAUACAUCAAACCGCCAAUAGUUCAAAUAAUUGCGGAUCCUUUUCCCAAUCCGGAAGACUUUGAAGCGGAGAAGAAUAAGAAAUUAGAAGCAAAUAUACUCGUGCAAGAAAUGCAUACACAACAUGAUAAAAAGAAACAAUCUCUCGAAAAUUUUGUAGUAACAUAUGCUCCAAAGGAAAACUUAAAUGAAGAACACACAUACAAUCCUGAACAAACACAAUUAUAUAGAAAUCACAAAGAAAUGUAUUCGAAAGCGUCUUCGAAGGUACCUAUGAAAGAGACACUAAAUGAUUCAGCGCCAAUCAAAUUUAGCUUCAAUCUGGAAAAUCUGCAAAAGAGAGAGAGAGAGCAACCGACCAUUACUGAAAAACAAAUAACUACCUAUAAACAACCAAUGUUUCAAGGAUCUUCGUUAAGAAAAAUCAAAGACAAAGAAGUUUAUAUAGUAUAUAGUACCGGUGCAACAACAAUCCCCCCACGAACAGUAGAGACAAAAAAGUAUAUCUCAAUGUUUAACUUGGAACCUCUCUCUUCUGAGAAAGAGAAUGAAAUAAUAUCUCGUCCUUUAAAAUAUAAUGAAAAUGUUUUGUCUGUUGAUCAAUGGCGAUAUAAUGCAUCAAAAACACAGAAAGAGAGAGAAAGUACUACAAUAUUAACAAAACUUGAUGAAACAGAUACGCUUUUUAAAAGAAUUCGCGACAAGCAACAGCUUUUUCCAACUUCUAUUACACAAAUGCCAUUAAAAAAUAUAGCGCCGACUAACAAAAUUAAGUAUAUUCCAGAGAGUUUAACAUCCGAAAAAAUACAAAUCGUGAAUGCUGAAUCAGCUCCCAUUUUCGUAACACCAAUGCCGCUCUCUUCUCUUUUACCUUCUUCUUCUUCUACUUUACCAGCGCGUAAGAGAGAGAAAUUAAAAUAUAAUUCCACUUAUAUAUACAAUUUAAACUCUGGUUUUCGCAAAAUCAUAACGACAACAAUGCGUCCAGAAGUAAUGGAAUUGCUUGCUUCAAUUGGACUUCGACCGGAAAAUGCUACAAAUGUAGAAGAUGUAUUUAGAAAGAGUAAUAAAGAUUUAGAGAUAAAAUCCCGAAUUCCUAACAGUAACGAUUUAAUCUAUACAACUUCCAGUUUGACAACUGUUUUGCGCGAUUCAUCACCGAUAAACGCUCAAAACACCUUCGAGAAUCCUGUUUUAGAGAUCGGAAAAGGCAUGAACAAUCUAACACCUGAUGUACAAUUACUUUUCCAAAAAUUUGGUUUACAAUCUAAUCUAGUAACAACAUCGUCCCCGCUGAAGAUCAGUAACACAAACUCUUAUACCAACUUCAAACCUUUGCCAACAUCUAAGAUAAAAAACGAAGAUAUGAAAGAAUUUUUAGCAAAAUUCGGACUUGGUGUUAGCGACAACAGACAGAAAAAGGCCAUGUCGAUAUCAACGGAACGCCCAUCAUUGAUUGAAGUCAUUCCAAAUAACAUGAGGCAAAUUCUGGAGAACAUAGGCCUCAUAUCUCGCAAGACAUCGAAAACAAUAUCAAAGAUGGAGAGUGUAGAACUAACAAAAACGACUCAACAGUUCCACGUGUUCAAACCUCACGAAGCCCAUGUAAAGGAUAAAGGGGAGAGAAUGAAAAUUAACGAACUUUUAGACAAAAUUAGAUUAGUCCAGGAAGGAAAAGCAAGCGCAAAGGAUGUACGAAAGGUAGCCGAUAAUCUGCUUGCUACUACAAAAACUUUAAAGGAUGGACCGGAUCCGCUGAGUCUAGAAGAGAUGAUUAAAACUUAUAAUAUAAACGUAAAAAAUGAAGUAAAAAGACAACAGAAUCUGAAAGAAACUAUUGAAACUACUACCAAUGACGAUCGAGCUCUUUCGGCGCCUACUGAAUCUGCAAACAUUUCCUCGACAACAACAACUAUGGCCACAAUCCCGACGACUUCAGAUUCCACAAAGGAUAGUUCAAAUUUCCGUGAUACAUUGACACCAACUGCAGAGUCAUCGACAUUUGCAAAUACAAAUCUUGCGGCAUUGGAAGAAUCCUUUGGUGGUACUACACGUGCACCGGAUCCCGUUCUGCCAACCAAACAAAGGAACGGCCUAUAUUUUCUCUUGGAUUGGAAUACCUUCCUUGAGGUCGGCGAUGAAGAGAGCGAGAAAGUAAAUCUGAGAUUUGAACCAAAAAUUGGUGACAGAAUGAGAUUUUUGCCAGUCAGCGUGCCUUAA